GAGGGUGGUAUGCUUCUCCCUGCAAGUCCUGAUCCCAUGCCAGAGAUGCCAGAGGAUGUGGCUGGGCCUGAAGUGUUUGAGUGGGCUAGCAAGACGAAGCUUGCGUUGCUAUUUAAUAAUUGUCAUGACGAAUUCGAGGAUCUUCCUUCGCCAGACAGGGGGUAUGAAACUGUCAUGGUUCUGGCGCCUGUGGCUGACGAGGAUGACGCAGGCAACUGGCCUGAGUUGCCUCCUGGCGAUGAUGAUGAUGAUGAUGACGUCUGGGGUGACUUCUCAGUCGCUGACAGGUCAGGCUCCGGGCAAGGCAAGCGCAGGAGAAGAAGGUCGAAAUCAGCUGCAGAGCAGCCGCCGGCACUAGUCUUUCGAUGCCCGGAGAUCCCAGCUGUGAAGCAGCUCGUGCUUGAAGUGUUUUCCCAACCGCGCGUCACGAAAAUGGCACAGGAUAUGGGGUACACUGCGGAUUUUGCUUUCGACAUUGUCUACAAUGGGUGGGAUGCAUUGAAAGCUGGGGACCGCUCUUCCCUGCUGAAUUUCAUCCUGGCUACACGACCCCGAUUGACCAUAUUGUCCCCGCCAUGUACAAUGUUCAGUGAUUUGAUGAGGCUUUGGAAUGCUAGCAAGAUGGACCCAGACGUCUAUCAGCAGAGGAUGUCAGAGGCCGUGAUCAUGUUUGAGUAUGCCCUCGACCUGUGUAUGCAUUUGCAUGAAGCCAAACUGAGCUUCGCUUUGGAGCACCCAUGCUCAGCCUCAUCUUGGCAGCUUGAGAAGUUUCGAACAUGUUUGGACAAGGUGAGCAUGAAAAUGGCUCUAUUUUCGUUUGACCAAUGCUCUGUUGGCCUCCUGAGUCCAGACGGACAAAGAAAGCUGAAGAAGAAGACCAGAAUUUUCAGCAAUGCAGAUUGUGUGGCCAGGGAAUUGUCUCUCUGCAAGUGCACCUGUGCUCCUGAGGAGCACUUGAAAAUUCGCGGCAGCCAACAUGGAGUUCGAGUUUCUAGGCUUGCCCAGGUGUACCCACCUGAGUUCUGCAGGAAGCUAGUUCGUUGUGCCCUCAGCUGCUGA